GUGUGCAUAUAAACGUCUUCUUUCGUGCAUGUGUGUAAAAUCAUUCGAUUUUCUGUCAGAACUCAGAAAACAAUAAAAACAAAUACCAUUCAAGAGUGUCGUAAUUUUAUCCUACAAUCUUAGAACUUUUUAUGUAUAAAAUUUUAGUUAAUUUGUAUUUUAAUUCCAUAAUAUUGUAACAGCAGCGUUAAAAAACCAAAUGAAAGUUGGUGUUUCAAAACUGCAGCUGUAUUUCUUAUUGUUGUGACGUCAUUGUUGUGGUUUUAAAAACGACGCAAUUUCAUUAUUUUAAAUGAAAAUGGAGUAGAAAUGAAAUUAAUUUUACUUUUUGAGAUAAGGCAACAAAAUGUCCGCGGAGUCGCCGCGACACAUGCGGUGCGGGGGACCGCUGACGGUGGCGUCCCAGCCGCCCAGCGACCGCAGCAUCAUCGACGCCGUGUCGGGCUUCAUCAAUGACGUUACACUGUCCUCCUCCUCCCACACCGACCCUAAGGACGUGAUACAAUGGGCGCGGUUCGAGACAGCAGAUAUAAACGAGCCCACUCCCGAGGGAGACAGCGAUACUGAUGUGCAACCGCUACUCCUGGUGUUGGGUUACGGGUCUGGUGUACAGGUGUGGCUGGUGUCUCCCACCGGGGAAGCUCAGGAGGUGCUCUCAUGGCGUCAGGGUACAGUCCGGGUGCUCCGCAUACUUCCCACCCCCGAGCAUGACUGCUUCACGGCGAAGAGACCGCUCAUAGCACUUUGUGACUCCGCCGGCAUCGGACCACCGUUUUGUGCCCUGAGCUUCAUAUCGAUUAGGGGCGGGGAGCAGGUGAAGAGCAUAAAAUUCAAGAACCCCAUUCUAGAUGUGCUUGCUAACAAGCGUUCUGUGGUGGUAUCCUUCUCUGAGCGCUUUGCUGUGUUCGAUGCUGGGACCCUGGAGGACAGACUCAGUAUAACGACUUGCUACCCCUGCCCGGACCCUCUGGGGGGGUCAAACACCAUCAACCCCAUAGCACUUGGUGACCGCUGGCUGGCUUAUGCGGAUAAAAAACUUAACCCCUUGAAACGAAGCAGUGGGGGAUGUGAAAGCGAAGGCGUGACCAGCUACACGGCGACAGUGCUGCACGCGGCCAAGUCCCUUAGCAAGGGUCUGCGCGGGCUGGGGGAGAGCGUCGCGCACAGUCUGGGGGGCCGGGGCGCCUCGCAGUCCCCCUCCCCCCCGCACACCGAGCUGCAGCAGCCGGGCGUCGUCACUGUGCUCGAUAUAGAGAACAACGAAGAGGACGACGGGCAGGAGUGCGAGGAGCCGUACGACCCGAUAGUGGCGCACUUCGUGGCGCACUCCGACGCUAUCAUCGCGCUACAGUUCGACGCCAGCGGCAUGAUACUGGUGACGGCCGACCGCCGCGGACACGACUUCCACGUGUUCCGGAUAAACCCCCACCCGUGCGGACCGAACUUGGCGUCAGUUCAUCACCUCUACGUGCUCCAUAGAGGUGACACGACGGCUAAAGUGCAGGACAUAGCGAUAUCGAACGACGGCCGCUGGUGCGCCGUGUCGACGCUGCGCGGCACGACGCACGUGUUCGCGAUCAGCGCGUACGGGGGCGCGGUCGGCGUGCGCACGCACACGCAGCCGCGCGUCGUCAACCGCCUGUCGCGCUUCCACCGCUCCGCCGGCCUGCCGAUAGGCCCGCCGCACGCGCCCGCCAGCCCGGGUGACGCGGCAGGAUCGUGGUUCCCGAACCCGCGCCUGCCGCCGUACCCGCAGCCGGCGACGUGCGCGCCGUUAGCGCAGCUCCGCCCUCACAACAUACCCACGCACACCAUCACAAGAACCAGCUCAGGUCGUCAACGUCUAUCGUCGUUGUCCGAGGACGGGGGAGGCGGCGCGCCGCUGCUAGCACGCGCGCGGUUCGGCAUGUGCGGCGCCGCGCCCCGCCCCGCCGCCGUGCCGCUGUACCUCAUGGCGGCGGGCGGCGCGUUACUGCACCUGCUGCUGCACCCUCGACCCGCCAGCAAUAUCCCUAAGGAGAAGAUCAGCGACGACUCGGCGAUCGAGGUGGACGUGGAGGCGGUGGCGCAGUGGCCUCUCCGACGCCCGGCGGCCGCCGCCGACCUGCUAGCGCCGCUGCCGCCAUCCAACCCGCUGCUGCAGCCGCUUAGCUGCCGGCGGUGCGCGGACGUGUGCAUGAGCGAGGAGGAGCGGUGGCUGUCCCAGGUGGAGAUCGUGACGCACGCCGGCCCGCACCGCCGCCUGUGGAUGGGCCCGCAGUUCGUGUUCAAGACAUACAACUGCUCCGGGUCGACGUCGUCGCUGUCAGAGGGGGAGGCGGAGUGCGAGGCGCGCGCGCGCUCCACGCCCGUCAAUGUGCCCGCCGCGCGCCCGCGCCUGCCCGUGCUGGUGGGAGACGGAUCGCCGAGUUCCCUGGAGCACUCGCCGUCAGAUGGCGCGCGCCGCAAAUCCCUGCUGAGUACCGGUAGCGGUGUCUGCGACGUCCAGCUGCGGGAGGACCUCGCCGAGGCCAUGAAGGAGGACCACGGGGCGGCGCGUGCGGCGGGCGGCGCGAGGGGCGGCGCGGGGGGCGGGGACCCGGACCGGCACACGCGGCCGAACCCCGACGAGGGCGCCUUCCGGCCCGUACUCGACGCGGCCCUCGACGCCGCCCUCGCGGACCCCGACCGGGGCGCCGCCGAGCUGCCUGCCACCACCACCAUCCCCGUGCAGCCGGCCGCGCCCCUGCGAGACUCCCCCGACGCGGAGCCCCGCCCCCUCACCACGGACAAGGUCAUCCCGGCGCAGCUGCAGCCCGACGACGAAAACGAUAUAGCUAAUAUAGAUAGACCCAAUUUAGAUGUUAAGACCCAUGUAAAUAAUGCGAGGAAUGAAAGCGUGCGCGAACGUGCCUCGGCGAAAGUCGAGGAGAGAGAAGAUAAUGUUUUAUCACUGCCAAAACGGAGUCGGGCGACUGAUAUUCAGCCCCCCGCUCGCGCUAGGGUUAGGAGAUCUCCCCCCACCGAGUCGGUGAGUGAUGUCGACGUAGCUAGUGAGACUAUAGAUAGAAACGAGUAUACGUGUGACGCGCGAAAGGAGAGUACGUCUAAGAAAUCUAGUGUAGGCGAUCAGAUUUCGGUCGAUGUUAAAAUUAGCAGAGAUAAAGUUAAAAAGGUAGUCGAAAAACAAAGUAUUUUGCCGGAAGCUAGGGAGGUGGAAUCGAAAUCCUCGGCGGCCGGGGAACUUGUGGUCGAUGCGUUAUCCAAAUCGCAGAAGAAAGCGGCGGCGAUUAAGACCGAGGAACAAGCUUGGGAUAUGCUUUUAAAUGAACCAGAAAAAUCCACAGUGGCGGAGACGCCUAAAAUUGUUGAAAGUAAAGCCGAUGAGUCCAAAAUGAGAAGCAAGAAAACUAGAAGAGGAGGCAACAAGAAGAACCAAGAUGAGCCGCUCAUAAAAACAGAUGAAGACGACAGCUUUGUUGAAAUCCUCACUAUUGAAAAACAACAGCCGGAGAACGAUAGCGUUGUGUCUAUAUCGACUGCAGUAGAAUGUUCGGAUUCCUCCUCGUCUUAUUUGUCUAGGGCGCGAAAAAUCCGCUCCUCCAAAAGUAGGACCCCAGAAAGGCAGGACGAUAAAUUUUCGGAAGAAGUUGAAAGCUGCUAUCAAUUACAAAACAAAUCUAAUAACAGCUAUUAUAAAAGUAAAACUGAUACUAAAUAUGACGCAGACGUAAAUAGUUACAGAAAUAAAACUGACACUAAAUACGACGUAGAGACCAACGCUUGCGAGUUUUCUCUUGCGAGUAUAAAAAUUGACGAUAAUUUUGAUCUUAUAAAAGGGAAAAACACCUUAUCAGUUGAUACCAUGCUGAACGAUAUCGAUGAUGCUUUUUCAGCAAUAAGCAAAAGAGAGUCUCUAAAAUCAGUAAAGAAUAAGUCCCCGUCGCCUCAAAACAACACAGCCGACAAUAAAGAGAAGGACAUCUAUGUGAUCAAUACGACAGAAGACGAUUUUCCGGAGAUCCAAAUAACGAAAAGUAAAAAGUCGCGAAAGAGGUCGCCCCAGGCAUCGGAUGACAAAUCUUUGGGAAGCUCGCCGCCGAAACCUAUCAAAUCUUGGAGUUCCAUAGCCGCUUCUAGGAACCCUAAACCGGACCCUCCCGCAGUACCAGACGACAGCAAAGAUAGCCCGGGAAUCCUCGACAUAGAACCACCCAAAGAGAUAUCGUUGCAAGAGAAGCUGAUAAAAUUGUGUAAAAGACCCGACGUGAUCGUCGCGGAAUGUGACGUGCCUUCUGAACUGAAUUUUGUGGAGGAACACCACACGGUUCUACCCGACUUGCCGCCGCUUGAGCCGCUCGACUUCGGCCUCGACGACUUCAAAUUGGAAGUGAUGAGAGACAGCCUCCUAGACGUCAACGAGAAAAUCAGCAGUCCGAUAUGCAAGAUCAAUAUAGACGAUAUUUUAUCCUCCAUGAAGGACACAAAGGAUAGCACGUACAAUCUCAUCGAUCUGGAGAAGGUUAAGUCCAAGAAGGAGAAGGGUUUUAGUGUGGUCGAAACGGAUAAGAUCACGUCGCAGGAGGUGAGACUUGAUGAGGAGGUUAAGGACAAGGAAGUGAAUACUGAUAAGUCGUCAGACGAUGAUAUAGUGCCUGCUGACACUCUGGUCGAUGUCACACUUACCCCGACAUUACCUUCCAAGCAGAGUAAACUGAAAAAGCUCCGUAAAAAGAAGAAGUAACUUUACAUUAGAUGCGCGAUACUGUCGUUUAUCAGAUUUUUCUGUAAAUGUUCGGAUAUUCGUAAACAUUGUUUUAGAUUUAUUUUGGUUGUUUUAAGGCAUUAUUUAGAUGUCACCAAACUAGUGGAAAUUUGGCUAGUGAUGUAGUUUCUAUAAAUAUGCAAUAUAAGCUGGACUGCGAUAUUUUCGCCUAUGAAAGAAAGUGAUAUGUAGCGAUAGGUCAUGGCCGAAUUUCUACAUGUUCGGUGCCCGGCCUAUAGCAGUUUUUUUAAUUAACUAAUUUAAUGAGUUUGGCUGCAAAAGAUAAUUUAAAACAAUGCUUACAAUAUUUUGACGUAAGUAGUAAUUAAUUUAAUGCUCAUUGUCUUAAAAGGCACAUUAUAUAGGUAACAAAAGGUUAGGGAUACAUUAACAGAGUUUAACGUAAUAUAACAAUAAUAGGAAAAAAUGUAAAUAAAAAAAUUAAAAAUGCAGAAAAAAACAAAAAUAUGAUAAAUUGGAUCUGUUUGGAAGGUAGCUUCGAUAGAAUAUAGUAUUUAUAGAUAUAAUAUAAUAUUAUGAUAAAAUAUAU